AUGAGUCGACAGCCCUUGAGCUGGCUAUCGCGCCAGCUGCCUCACAGGCCAUGCUGCUGCCGAACACUUGCUACAACAUCAACAUUAGGAGUACGAAGAAUGGCAAAGAUCACCUCGUCAACUUCCCUGUCACCAGUCGUCUCGAUCGCCCAACACUGA